GGGACCCGGGCGGGCUAUGGCUGCCGCUGCCGCCGCCGCGCACUGAGGCCCCGCCGCGCAGCCAGGCCGGGAUGCCCCGGGGGGGGCCCGGGCCGCCGCCGGAGCCAUGGAGGAGGAGGGCAAGAAGGGCAAGAAGCCUGGCAUCGUGUCUCCGUUCAAGCGGGUGUUCCUGAAGGGCGAGAAGGGCCGGGAUAAGAAGGCCCAGGAGAAGGUGACGGAGCGGCGCCCGCUGCACACGGUGGUGGUGCCGCUGCCCGAGCGCGUGGAGCCCGACCUGCUGCUGCACGACUACAUCGAGAAGGAGGUCAAGUAUUUAGGCCAGCUCACCUCCAUCCCGGGAUACCUGAACCCCUCCAGCCGCACGGAGAUCCUGCACCUGAUCGACAAUGCCAAGAGGGCCCACCAGCUGCCGGGCCAGCUGAGCACGGAGCACGACGCCGUGCUCAGCCUGUCUGCCUACAACGUGAAGCUGGUGUGGCGGGACGGGGAGGACCUGAUCCUGCGCGUGCCCAUCCACGACAUCGCCGCCGUCUCCUACGUCCGCGACGACUCCGCGCACCUCGUCGUGCUCAAGACAGCUCAGGAUCCCGGGAUCUCCCCGAGCCAGAGCCUGUGUGCCGAGGGCUCCAAGGCGCUGACGUCGGGGUCGCUGUCGGAGAGCGCCGGGGGGCCCCUGGAGUGCUGCUGCCUGGUGGUCCUGGCCACGGAGAACAAGGUGGGUGCCGAGGAGCUGUGCUCCCUGCUCAGCCAGGUCUUCCAGAUCGUCUACACCGAGUCCACCAUCGACUUCCUGGACCGCGCCAUCUUCGACGGGGCCUCCACGCCCACGCGGCACCUGUCCCUGCACAGCGAUGACUCUUCCACCAAAGUGGACGUGAAGGAGCCCUUGGAGGCAGAUGCCAGCACUUUUUCCUUCCCAGACACCCUGGAGGCAGGAGACACGUCCCCGUCCUCGUUCUCGGCGCGCCCGUCCCCGCACGUGACCACGGCGAGCGAGAGCGAGCUCAGCACCACGGCCACCGAGCUGCUCCAGGACUACAUGAUGACGCUCCGGACCAAGCUGUCCUCCCAGGAGAUCCAGCAGUUUGCCAUGCUGCUCCACGAGUACCGCAACGGAGCCUCCAUCCACGAGUUCUGCAUCAACCUCAAGCAGCUCUACGGAGACAGCAGGAAAUUCCUGCUCCUGGGCCUGCGUCCCUUCAUCCCGGAGAAGGACAGCCAGCACUUCGAGAACUUCCUGGAGACCAUCGGGGUGAAGGACGGGCGCGGGAUCAUCACGGACAGCUUCGGGCGCUACCGCCGCUCCCUCGGCGCCGCCUCCGCCUCCAACGGCACCGGCGCCGCCGGCAGCUCCGACGAGCAGUCGGUGCCCUCGGAGGAGGACGAGUGGGACAGGAUGAUCUCCCACAUCAGCAGUGACAUCGAGGCGCUGGGCUGCAGCCUGGACAGGGACUCGUCCUGAGGGAACGGGGCUGGACACGGGGGGGGCCGGGACACGGAGCUGCCCCGGGGGGAUCCCGGCCCUCGGAGGGACACCGGGACACGGAGGUGCCUCUGGGGGGGACGUGGAACAUGGACCUGCCCCUGGGGGGAACACGGAGCUGCCCUUGGAGGGACACCGGGAUGGGGAGCUGCUCCUGAGGAGAACACGGAGCUGCCUUUAGGGGAGACGUGGAGCUGCCCCUGGGGGUACCCCGGGACAUGGAGCUGCCCCCAGAGGGGGACAUGGAACAUGGAGCUGCCCCUGGGGACCCCAGAUUGGCCCUCGGAGGGACCCAGGAACACCAACCUGUGCCCUUGGAGGGUCCCAGAACAUGGAUCCUUCUGCAGGACCUGGGGGCUCCAGCAGGAUGGAUUCACUCUCCUGGCCUCAUUAACAGCUCCAGGGCAGGAACGGCUCCGGUGUGGAUUUGGGGGACAGAGCUGGAUUUGGGGUUUGGAUUUUUGGGGACAGAUCUCUUUCUGAGCAUUAAGGUUUCCUUUCAAGGGAUGGAUCUCCCCAGAGGAUGGAUCUGCUCUCAAGCAUCCAGAUCUCUUCCUGAGGGGCUGGACCCGCUCCCUCCCCAGUUUACAGUUUGCACAGCAGGUCCCCCAUAACCCCCCCUGACCCCCCAAUGAAGUUUUGCCACAAUGUGAAUCA